GAUAAGAUAACUUUAAGAUUAUAUAAUACUAAUUUGAUACUAACUGCUUGGCAGGUAAUUCAUUUUGUACAUACGUCUAAUUGCCUUAUUUCUGUAUUCGUUAGUAAUUAUUGUUUGUGUAAUAUUCUGUGUGCAAUCACGUGUAUGAAGUUGAACUUCGUAUAAAUCUGAGAUAAGGACCAACUAUGGCAAUGUUAUGACUUAUGACAGUCUAAUAAAUACCUACUACUACGUGCAUAACACACUCUUAUUGUUCUAAAAGUAAGAAUUCAUUGUAUAAAGUGGUCUCUAGUCAUUUAGGUAAAUAUAACUAUUUAAUAUGUAAUUGAAUUUGGGUACUUGAUGAAUAAAAAUACGAAAAUGGACGAGAAUUUGAAAAAUAACUCUGCGAUGGAAAAUGGAAAUACUCGUACGAUGCAAACCGAUGAACUCAAUUUUCACGAUACAAAUUUGAAAAAUCAGUAUUCAAAUCGCAGAUCAGUCUUAGCACAAGUAACUGGGUGACCAACUGACCAAUUUUCUCAACGUGAUUAAUUUUUCAGUGGUUGGCAACAAUUGCGAAUAGUACGAUGUUCCUUGGAGUAGGAUUAAUGAUCGCUAUACCAACCGUAGUGAUAGGUGUACUGCAUAACCCAAAUUCUGAAUUACUACUCAAUGAUGAAGAGUCAUCGUGGUUUGGAGGUCUCAUGCUACUGAUCCAACCAUUGGGAGGCAUCGUAGCCGGAUUUUUACAAAAUUACAUCGGUCGUAAAAAUGGCAUGAUAUUGAUGAACAUUCCCGAAUUAAUUGCCUGGAUUGUGAUGUACAUGGCAACCUCGGUGAAUGCUCUGUACGUAUCAGUAAUCCUGAUGGGCGUUAGUGUUGGUUUCAUGGAGGCUCCAGGAUUGGCUUACAUAGGCGAAACAACUGAUCCUAAGAUUCGUGGAACUUUAACGUCAUUCGCUAAUAUCAACGUUACUACUGGAAUAUUAUUGGAAUUUUUCCUCGCUUCUGUUUUACAUUGGAGGACUGCGGUGGCUGUUAGUGCGAUUUUUCCGGUUAUUUCUAUCGUGUGUAUUGCUAUUAUACCAGACUCUCCUAUAUGGUUGCUAAGCAAAGGUAGAAAGAAGCAAGCUUUAAGAGCUCUGUGCUGGCUGCGAGGUUGGGUAUCAGAAGAUGAAGUAAAAGUUGAAUUCGAACAACUAUGUCGCUACAACGAAGCUUCCAAAUUUCACGGUUUGAAUGAGUCUUCUGAUGAAACCUAUAUAGGAAUUCCAACUGAAAUAAGAGUUGAAAGACCAAUGUCGUUAAAAACCAAGAUUUUGGAUUUAUUCAGACCGUCAAUGAUGAAGCCAUUUCGUCUGCUGUUGGGAUAUCAAGUAUUUUACCAUUCCGCAGCGUUGACUGGUUUGAAAUGUUAUAUGGUCGAAACAUUCAGCACUUUGGAUAUGCCAAUACAACCUGAGUGGAUAGCAUUCACCUCAGGAAGUGUGAUGCUUUUGGGUGGCAUCACUUGUAUUGUAACAGUAAAAAAAGUAGGAAAAAGAAGACUUUCGUUAAUUUCAAUGAUGGCCUGCUGCAUCGGAUGCGUCCUAUUGGGUUUCUACACAUUGUACAAGAAUAAGCUAGAAAUCCCUUGGAUACCUUUGACGUUAUUCUGCUACCUGUAUUUCUCAUCAAUGAUCGGUAUUAGUCCAAUACCUUGGAUGCUGAUUAGUGAAGUGUAUCCAACCAGAGGACGUUCAGUUGGAGCCGGAUUAUCGGCUGCUUCGUAUUAUAUUCUGGCAUUCAUUUUUACCAAGACGUAUCUAGAUUUACAACACACGUUAUCACUGCACGGAUGCUUCUUUUUAUACGGAUUCGGAGGAUUCGUCGGGUUCAUAUUUUUAUACGUUUGGUUACCAGAAACAGAAGGCAAAACUUUGGCUGAAAUUGAGGAAUGUUUCGUCAAGUCCAAAAGUACCAGACCAAAGCAUGUGUCGUUUUGAGAUUCGAUAUAAUAAAAUUUUAAAAGAG